ACGGACCAACGGCCCCCCUGAGGCGCAUGAACAAAGUGCCGCGCUCGGCCUCGUGGCGCACGCUGGGGCUCAUCUGCUCCGAACCGCCUGCCCUGUCGAGCCGAUGACUGCCGGCGAGCUCGUCGCGGCCGCAGCAGCGAGCGGGAGCCGCGUGCUCGGAGCAGCGACCGCGGGGACACGACGCAGGGCCUCCGCCUCCCGUGGGCGCCGACCCGGGACCGGUGCGUGCCCCCGAGCGCCGACCGCGGCAGCCCGGGGAGGAGGGAGCUCGGCCGGCACCUCGGCCCGCGCUCGCGCGGAGGUUCGCCGGCUCGGAGCGGGCCGUGCUCGGUCCGCCGAGCCCCGGCCGUGCGGCCGCGCGCCUGCUGCGGCGGCUCGGUGGAAGGGCGGCCCUUCCUCCCUUCUCCUUCCCGCGGGAGGAGAGGGGCGUGGAGGCAGGGCAGCAGGGGCUCGCAUGGGGCCGUGCCGACGUGGCACGGCGGCGUGGGGAACCAAAGCGGGGGGGGCAAUGGGCAGGGGAGGGAAAGCAGGAGAGACACGGAAGGGGGGGGUGACGAAAACGAGAGCAAAGGCGCCGCGCGGCAGGAGCUGGUGGCCGCGACGUCGUCGGGCACCGCGCGAGGCGCCGCCCGAAGAGAGCGCGGCGCUCUGCGGGGCCAGGCGGGGAAGCUCGGCGCGGCCGGGAGAAAAUCGCAAGGGGCCGCCCGUCGUGCCGAGCCGAGCGGCCACGGCCGGGGGGGCCGUGGCCUCAGCAUUCCGACGGCAGCCGCGCGGGCACGACAGAAACGGAGCCCGCAGCGGCGCGCGAAUUGGCGCGCCGGAGGGGCCGGCGGGCGCCACGAGUCUGCCGGGCGGGCCGCCGGCCGCCCGGCGCCGUGCAAGCUGCCAGGGCCCCCCUCCUCGUCUUUCUCUGCGGUGGGGGGUCGGGGCAGAGGGUCACGCCCGACUUAACUCUAUGGGCCCCCGACUGCGCCCCUGGUUCGUGCCACCGUGCGCCCGCGAUCUUUGGCUCGAGCUGAGCGCCCGGCACGCGCGAGGAGGGGCGAUCCCGGCCUUGCCAAUCUGGGGGCAAAGAUUAUGUACGUGCAGCCUGCCGCCGCGGGCGAGCCACUUUAUCUGCGCCUCCGCGUGCAGCGAUGAAUUUCAGAUUUGCCACCGGAUCUGCCGCCGCGGGCGAGCCACUUUAUCUGCGCCUCCGCGUGCAGCGACUAAUUUCAGUCCUUCCAGGAAAAAGUUCCAGCUGCGACGAGGCCUGCGCGGCUAUACAGUGGCGACGGUGCGCGCCGAGACCCGCCCCGCGCCCCGUGCCGGCCGCGCGGGGCGUGCAUGCGCAAAGAAGGCAGCUCGCCCGUGCACCACCGUGCCCUGCCAGGGACAUCCUUGGGCCCUGGCGUGGUGUACGGCCGGACCUACACGUCCCUCCUCGAAGCCCAAGACCCCCUCCGGCAAUGCAAAAAUCAGAACGGGAAGUUUUUCCCGGGCAGGAGGCCAGUCGAGCCCGCCUCAGUCCUCGUAGCUGUCUGGGGCCGCAG